GCUUGACUCGGGCUGUGGACUCUGGAGAUCGGGACUCGGUGGAUAAUCGGAGUGUUUUUUUUUCGGGGGGCGGGGGAGAAUACCUGAUGCUACAUCUCCAUAUGAGCGCAUAGGGAGCGCAGGACCUCUCCCCCUCUCAAGGUUGGGGCUCCGCCUGUUGUAGAGAGACCCAGACCUGGGGAAACAUCCACAUGAAGAUGGAAUCAUUCAUCCUCUGCAGGGCUGUAAUCAUCAUCCUCACGCUUCCCUCUGUCCAGUGUGCAGACAGUCAGCCCCAGAGUGCCGUGUUCCUGCCCGAGUUCGCCCUCUCACCUCAGGGCAGCUUCAUGGAGGAUGCCACAGAGGAUCAGUUUCUCACCUACAGAUACGACGACCAGGCGUCCAGAAUGACCCGCUCAGAUGAAGACAGGGACAUCGGGUGGGACGCCUGGGGCCCCUGGAGCGACUGCUCUCGAACCUGCGGCGGAGGAGCCUCCUACUCUCUGCGACGCUGCCUCAACGGAGGGAGCUGUGAUGGCAAAAACAUCCGCUACAGAACCUGCAGCAACACGGACUGCCCUCCGGAGUCGGGUGAUUUCCGGGCCCAGCAGUGUUCAGCCCACAAUGACAUCAAGUACCAGGGUGUCACCUAUGAGUGGGUCCCAGCACCUUAUGACUCCUCUGCACCCUGUGCCCUGCAGUGCCAGGCUAAAGGCAGAAGUCUCAUUGUGGAACUCGCCCCUAAGGUGCUGGAUGGGACGCGAUGCCGGGCAGAUGCCUUUGACAUGUGCAUCAGUGGAGUGUGUCAGGAGGUGGGCUGUGAUCGGCAGCUGGCCAGCGGUGCCAGGGAGGAUAACUGUGGCGUCUGUGGCGGUGACGGCUCCACAUGCCGGCUGGUACGAGGACAGGCGCUACCCCACCUGACAUCAGAACAAUCUCUGAAGACAGUUCUGGAGGUGCCGGUGGGAAGCCGCUUUCUCAGACUCAGUGCCAAAGGACCUGAUCUGAUAGCCAUCGAAGCUGUCUCUCUUCAGGGAAAGAAGGAGGAGACCAGUCUGGUGUCUACAGGCUCCUAUGUGAUAGGGAACACCUCCUUGGACUUUCAAAGAGGGAUGGACCGGCAGACACUCAGGACACAUGGUCCACUCAACGCUGAUUACAUAAUCAAGAUGAAGUAUGGAGGACCAAAGGACACAGUUGUCCAGUUUCUAUUCUACCAACCAAUCAGGUACCAGUGGAGAGAGACUGACUUCUUCCCCUGCUCUGUUACCUGUGGAGGAGGCUAUCAACUGAACUCCGCAGAAUGCACAGACAUCCGCUCCAACCAGACCCUGCCUGAGCACUACUGCAACAGCUAUCCUGAAAACACCAAGCCCACACCAAAGCUCAAAGAGUGCAACAUGGACCCCUGCAAAGACGGUGAUGGAUUCAAAGAGGUGAUGCCAUAUGAUCACUUCCAACCUCUGCCUCGCUGGGAGCAGGGCCCCUGGACCCAGUGCUCAGUGUCCUGUGGUGGUGGCUGGCAGGAUCGGAGUGUGCUGUGUGUGGAGGAGGACACCCACGGACAGUUCUCCCAGGUGGAGGAGUGGAAGUGCACCCACUCCCCUCGACCUGUUACCCGUCAGAUAUGCAACGCCUUCGCUUGUCCCCAGUGGGUGGCGAUGGAGUGGUCUCAGUGCACAGUGACGUGCGGCCGUGGCCUGCGUUACCGGGUGGUUCUGUGCAUCGACCAUCGGGGGCAGCACAUCGGAGGCUGUGAAGCUUCGCUCAAACCCCACGUGAAAGAAGACUGUCUGGUCCCUAUUGCCUGUCACAAGCCCAAAGAGUCCCUGCCAGUGGAGGCCAAGGUGCCCUGGUUAAAACAAGCCCACGAACUGGAGGAGCACCAUACUGCUACAGAGGACCCCACGUGA